CAGAGACAUAGCUGCUAGAGAGCGAGCUUGUGAUGUCCUACCCUGGCUAUCCCCCAGCCCCAGGUGGAUACCCACCCCAGCCUGGCUACCCACCACAGGGAGGCAGUCCUUACCCCCCUGGACCUCCUGCUGGUCCUGGGAAGCCAUGGGUACCAGGUGGUCCUUCCCCUGGUCAGAGUAGUGGUGGUAUCGGAUUUAACAUGCCCUCCCACCAGAGUGCCCUCUCUACUGGCUACCCCCCCACACCGCAAGGUGGAUUUUCAGGAUCAUACCACCCCCCUGGCCCCCCACAACCAUCGUACCCCCCUGUUGCUGGUCGACCUGGGUACCCCCCCGGACCUCCUGCCUCAACUGGGUACCCCCCCGGACCCCCCGCCUCAACUGGAUACCCCCCCGGACCUCCCGCCUCAACUGGGUACCCUCCCGGACCCCCUGCCUCAACUGGGUACCCCCCCGGACCUCCUGCCUCAACCGGGUACCCCUCUGGACCUCCAACCUCUACCAAUUAUCCCCCAGGUCCCCCAGGCUCAUCGUACCCCCCUGGUCCACCGUCCUAUCCCCCUGGAGGUGGGUAUACCCCCCAAUACGGGACUGGACCCACCCCCUUACAACAGACACCUCGAGGCUACUCAACUGCUCCCCCGCCAGUGCCCAGUGCCCACACCCACCGUGGCCCCACACGGCCAACUCCUCCCUCUGUGGCCAGUACCACACAAGCCAUGGCUGCCAUUAGUGUGAAGGAGCCCAAGACUGAGGGUACAGUGAAGCCACAUCGCUCCUUCGAUGCAGAGAAUGAUGCUAGUGUUCUCAGGAAGGCAAUGAAAGGGCUAGGUACUGACGAGAAGGCCAUUAUCAGUGUGCUGGCCCACCGCUCAAACACUCAGCGUAUGGAGAUUAUAACAAAAUUCAAAUCCAUGUAUGGCAAAGAUUUGGUCAGAGAACUGAAAAGUGAGCUCAGUGGGAAUUUCGAGGACGCUGUUGUGGCACUAUUGAAGACACCGUCCGAGUACGAUGCCUUUGUGGUCAGGGAGGCUAUCAAGGGAGUUGGGACCGAUGAACAUGCUCUUGUUGAGAUCCUGUGCACACGAACAAAUGAGCAGAUACUUGCCGUGAAGGAACAAUACAAGAAAGACUACGGCAGGGACUUGGAAAGAGACGUUGUGUCUGAUACUUCGGGCAAUUUCAAACGACUUCUGGUUUCCAUGCUUACGGGUGCCAGAGAUGCUUACGGUGUUGUUGACAAGGAGAGAGCCAGGGCAGACGCUCAGGCACUGUACCAGGCUGGAGAAGCACGCUGGGGAACAGAUGAAUCAAAGUUCAAUCACAUCUUGGCUUCAAGGAGCUUCUCACAUUUGAGAAUGGUGUUUGAUCAAUACUCUAAGAUCUGCAAGUAUGAUAUAGAGCAGUCCAUCUCCCGAGAGAUGUCGGGAGACCUGAAAGAGGGAAUGCUGGCCAUAGUGAAGUGUGUGCGUGAUCGAUCUGGAUAUUUUGCUGAAGCGUUGUACAAGUCAAUGAAGGGUCUGGGCACUGAUGACCGGACGUUGGUGAGGGUAGUGGUCACACGCUGUGAGGUGGACAUGGUACAGAUCAAGCAUAAGUUCCAGUCCAAAUACCACAAGACUCUUGGCUCGUUCAUCAAGGGUGAUACAUCUGGAGACUACCGAAGGAUUCUCAUGGCACUAGCCGGGGAAGACCACUAGACUAAGCAUUGACGCUGAUUUCACAUCAUUCCUACUGACUAUAUAUAAUAGCUAAACAUAUUUUUAACUUUAGCUUAGCAUUGUGACAUAGUUUGAACAUAAUUAAAUCCAUUCUAGUUUUAAAUAGCUGGUAGAUACACGACUGUAUACUACUGUACAUUCACAAUAAUUAUAUUAACAGAAA